GCUCAAAGUGCAAAUGAAGAGAUCGUCAUGGCAGUUGCACGAAAGUUUAUAUUUUCAACCGUCUGAGCUGAGAUCAGGAAAACGGAAGUCUCAGCGUCGAUAAAGUUGGGAUUGUAAGAGAAAUAUUAAAGAGUUGAAGAGAAUUGUGUUCAACAAACUAUUGAAGCGAACCUGGAUUGUAUCCGAAAUCAAGUGGCUUUAAAUUCACUGUCCAGUUGGAAAAGAAUUCAACUAACAAAUCCGAUUUCAAAACCAUGUCUGCUACAGCAAGUACAAAAGAAAGUCGCGAAGAAAUAUAUGAACAAAUUGAACCAAGAUCAAGACGGAAGAAACUAAGAACAUUUUAUGAUAAUUGGGCGCAAAGUUACGACUGGGACAUGCUGGAUAUGGGAUACAGUCUUCACUGUACUGCAUCAAUUCUUCUAAUGGAAAGGUUAUCCACGGCAUAUCAAGAAAAUUGUGUUAUUAUUGAUGUCGGCUGCGGAACAGGUCUUGUCGGAUCAGUUUUACGAAAGAAAGGAUAUUGCGGAAUUCUGCAUGGUGUCGACGAAAAUAAGAACAUGUUGAACGUUGCAAAUAGAAAGAACGCUUAUAACGAUUUAUAUUUACAAUAUAUGUCUCCAACUGAUCCAAUCAGUGUUGAAAUUUUAUAUGAUGCGUUUGUAUGCGUGGCUGCUUUUGGUCUUGAACAUAUUCAUCCGCUUCUGUUACCUCACAUGGUGGAUCACGUUAAGCCUGGCGGUGUUAUGGUGUUUUCUGUAGCCAACCACAUUUUGGGAGCGGAUAGAAGAUUGCUCGAAUCCGAAAUAAACAAACUAGUAGACUCUAAAGUAAUUCGAAAAAUCAGUGCCACUGAUGAAUUUUAUUUUAAAGAUGGCCGAGAAUCCAGAGAUACAGACAAAAUCGCAACUUGUAGACUUUACUGCUACGUAAAAUCUAAACGUAAAAAUGCCAAAACAAAAGCAGGUUCCGACUCCGAAAGUUCUGAAUCACCUAGUUCAGGAGCAGAAUAAACACUGAUUUUUUGAUAUAUGAGUAAACCUGUUCCAAUUUCUGCCUCAAUUCAAAAAAAUAACACAUUUAUGACAUCCAGCAAUGAAACUGUGGAGUUGUGUAUUCUGUUCUGGUUUUUAUUAUCUGGUUGUAGUUUUACACAUAUUUUUACAAACAGAUUCUGAAAUUUUAUGCGCAAAAAUUGAUUUUCGUUUAACGCUGAUCAUAAUAUUGAUAAACUCUAAAAUAUAUUUAAUGAAUAGUUAUAUAUUUAAUUCUUUAUGAUAUAUAUGUUUUAUUUUUUGCACGAAUGGUUCGUCGAUGCAUUACCGUCUGUAUAAUGUAAUAUGUUAUAUUUUCUAGCUGUAUAAAUUGUGAAAAGCAUUGAUAUUCCCUGCUGAGCCUAAUUUUCUAUACCAAGUGGGAAAACAUUAUGUAUAAAUUUUCAGUUUAUUAAUAUGAAUUCCACUGUGCACAAUCUAAUAAUAAAAUACUGAUACUGAAAUAUUGAAUGUUAUUUGUAGAUCAAUUAGAAAUUCUCGCCUCAAUUUACUGUUGCAAAAUUAAUCUAAACGAAAUGCAUUAACAAUAUUGUAUGCUAAUCCUGUCUGACCGAAAACGGACGACUCUAGAUUAUCCAUACGUGAAAUAAAUCCGUGCUUAUAUUUCAGAUAUAUAGCAUUCUUUUACACACUUAUAAAGUUAUUUGCAUGCUGCACGAUGUUUAAAUAAUAAUUACCUCAUUUCUAAAAUAUAUUAUUCAAAUUUUCAAACUAAAUGCAAAUUGUAAUGUACCUAUUAUUGGAAAGGGUCAUUUCGGCAGUUGUCUAAAAGAGUUUUACCUACACAUUUCACCAACCAUUUAGUUGGCAAGAAAAGCGUAAAUUUGGUAAUGCAACACCGUUUCAUUCAGUACGUAAAAUUAAUACGAACAAUUAGACGUUUCUUAUUGACUUGCAGAUGACAAAAUUGUAUACCGGUAAUAUCUUAUUAUAAGACACCGUCGAUCCAAGAUAUCAAACUACUCAGUUAAACACUUUUUGACGGAAAGUUUGCUCGGAUAUGUCCU